UUGUAGUUUCAUUUCUGUGCUCAUUUUGAAAAAGGUAACAAAUAGAACCAACGCCAAGCUUCGUGUAAUCCACUAAUUAAUGGAAAUUGCAUAAAAGUGACAAAAAAUAUAUUUAAAUUGUGUGUACAUCAUAGCUUGUGGCAAAUCGGUAAUAAACUAUUAUCGUGUUCGAUUUGUGCAAUUAAAUAAUUGAAUGUAAAAUAGCUAAAACAUUGUUGAGAGCAGGUAUUUGCGUUGAAAAAUCAGUCACGCACGCAUACAUACACAAUAGAACAGCGGCGUUCGCAAAGCGAAUAGAACAGAAGAAAGAAAGAAACGCAAAUUAUAUUGAAAAAAUGGAAGAUGUAAAGAAGCGUAUCCAUGAUGAAGUUGAAAGUGGAGAUGAAGGUGCAAUUGUUUCAACUGGGAAUAAUAGCAGCACUACCAUUCCAAAAAAGCGCGGUCGUCCCUCCAAUCCAGAUAAAGUGAAGAAGACGCCAACUGGCCGCGGUCGUGGUAGACCAGCUAAGAAUUCGAGCGGCAAAAAGAGUGUCGGUGAACCGGUUUCCGAAGAUGAUACGCCGGUAGCCGCAAAUGGCGGUCGUGGACGUCCUUCGAAAUCUGUUGGCAGCACACCAGGAAAAGGCCGUGGACGACCAAAGAAGCAGCCGCAAGCAUCCGAAGAAGACGAUGACGAUGUAGUCGAAGAAGACGACGAUGAAGAAGAUGAGCAGAGUGAUUACAAACGAAGCGGCAAAAAACCCGGUCGUAAGCCAAAGUCACCGAAGAAAGUUGGUAGACCAAAAAAAGCCGUAAGCGAAGAUGAGGAUGAAGAAUCCGGUGAGGAAAAACGCGUUACUGGACGCGGUCGUGGUAAAAAAGUAGCAGCAGUUGCUGCGAAACGCCCAGCAACGACUGCCGCUAAUGGAGGAGUGCCGAAAAAACGGGGUCGCCCUGCAGGCUCUAAAAAAUCGACACCAGGAAGACCGGGUCGUAAACCGGCUAAAGAAGUCGAUUCCGCCGAUGAUUCGCAAGAUAAAGAAGACAAUGAUGAUAUGGAUUCCUCAGAAGAUGAUCACAAGAAAUCCAAAAACAAGGAUGAUACUGAAGAGGACACGGGUGCAAAUAGCAACGAAGAGGAUGAUUUGGCAGAUGGUGAAGAAUCUGCUGCUUUCGCUUGCUGCCUCAAGUUGAGUAGACGUGUGUUUGUAGUGCUCGUCACGAAAAUGGAAAAUCGAAAUCAAGAGCAACGCAUCGCGAUAAAAUCUUGCGCCAAAUUGGGCAAAACAGCUUCGGAAACGUACGCUAUAAUUGUAAGAGUGUAUGGUGAUAGUGCUCUUAGUCGUGCCCAGGUGUUUCGAUGGCACAAAGAGUUUAAAGAGGGGCGUGAAAGCGUGGAAGACGAGGCGCGGAGUGGGAGACCAGUCGAGGCGCGGACUGACGCGAAUGCGCAGCGUGUUUGCGCAUUAAUCCGUGAAAAUCCGCGUUUAACAGUUCGAAUGUUGGCCUCGGAACUGAAUAUGAACCGUGAAACAGUCAGACAAAUUUUAACCGACGAUUUUGGGAUUUCGUACAUACACAAUAGAGCAGCAAAGCGAAUAGAACAGAAGAAAGAAAGAAACGCAAAUUAUAUUGAAAAAAUGGAAGAUGUAAGGAAGCGUGUCCAUGAUGAAGUUGAAAGUGGAGCUGAAGGUGCAAUUGUUUCAACUGGGAAUAAUAGCAGUACUACCAUUCCAAAAAAGCGCGGUCGUCCCUCCAAUCCAGAUAAAGUGAAGAAGACGCCAACUGGCCGCGGUCGUGGUAGAGCAGCUAAGAAUUCGGACGGCAAAAAGAAUGUCGGUGAACCGGUUUCCGAAGACGAUACGCCGGUAGCCGCAAAUGGCGGUCGUGGACGUCCUUCGAAAUCUGUUGGCAGUACACUAGGAAAAGGCCGUGGACGACCAAAGAAGCAGCCGCAAGCAUCCGAAGAAGACGAUGACGAUGUAGUCGAAGAAGACGACGAUAAAGAAGAUGAGCAGAGUGAUUACAAACGAAGCGGCAAGAAACCCGGUCGUAAGCCAAAGUCACAGAAGAAAGUUGGUAGACCAAAAAAAGCCGUAAGCGAAGAUGAGGAUGAAGAAUCCGGUGAGGAUAAACGCGUUACUGGACGCGGUCGUGGUAAAAAAGUAGCAGCAGUUGCUGCGAAACGCCCAGCAACGACUGCCGCUAAUGGAGGAGUGCCGAAAAAACGGGGUCGCCCUGCAGGUUCUAAAAAAUCGACACCAGGAAGACCGGGUCGUAAACCGGCUAAAGAAGUCGAUUCCGCCGACGAUUCGCAAGAUAAGGAAGACAAUGAUGAUAUGGAUUCAUCAGAAGAUGAUCACAAGAAAUCCAAAAACAAGGAUGAUACUGAAGAGGACACGGGUGCAAAUAGCAACGAAGAAGAUGAUUUGGCAGAUGGUAAAGAAUCUGCUGCUUUAUAUUAUUUGUUUAAUAAAUUUACGUCAGUUAAACUUUCAUUAAUAUUAAAAAAAAUGCAACGAGGUACUGCCAAAAAUCAACAAAUCAACUUGGUAAAUACCGACAGCAAUGCAGGAACUGUUGUUGACAAAAUGGCGCCACGCAGAGGUAGGCCGCGAAAAAUAGGCAAAUUGAAAACUACACAUCCAAUCAUUGCAACUGGUAGGGGACGUGGGCGACCGAAAAUAUCCAAUCUGUCGGCGGAAUUGAAUGAUGAUAUUGUCACGAAUACCAAAGUUGUAAAGAAAACUUUACAAAGUCUUCAAGUGAAGUCAAUUGGUCGUAUUGAACGACGUGGUCGGCCGAGAAAGCAGAAACCAUGUAGCGACAGUGAAAAUUCAUAUUGUGAUGAAAAACCCGACUUUGAAGAACGUCGCCCAGUGGGAAGACCCUCUACAGGCGCUGUAAAUUUAAAUAUUGUGCGUACUGGUCGAGGGCAAGGACGUCCAAAGAAAUUGCAAUCGAAAACGAACGUUACACUGAAAGUAACACAAACUGGCGAUAAUCAACCUAUGAAGAAACGUGGAAGACCCAGCAAAGGUGGAGUUCCCUAUAAACCAACGGGAAAACCACGAGGGCGUCCAAGGAUCGAGAAUAAAACCGCACAAAGUGGUGAAGUAGUUGUUGACGACAAACCCAUAGAAAAAUAAUUUUACGAUUGCUGCAGUAUGUAAUUUUGUGUAAAAAUACUUUUCAUAAAUUGUAUUCUUUUAAUUUUCUAUAUGUAUCCAAAUUUGUUUGAAUAUUUAACAAGUUUAAUACUGUGUAUAAAAUUAA